AUGAUGAACAUAAAGAGCGCGCUGGGUGUGACAUACACCACAUGGACUGCCACCAACCCAUGCCGCUAUGCUCGAUCCGCGGUGGCCGUUGCAGGCGAGUGGAACGGCGUCACCUGCGUGAACGGCAAGGUGUCCGACAUAAACCUGCCGGGAAAUCUCUUCAACUACCGCCUCGACUCCUUCACCACCAACCUCCGAUCCUUGCCAGAGCUGGCUCUCCUUCAUUCAACCUCUGUUUCACAUGCUGCCACUCAUCUCAUCGCCACCUUCACCAUCUCUGCUCCUCUCGCAGUGCCCUGCACGACAACUACUUCCCUUUAUGCACCUGCCCCCUCACUGCCCUCCCCCCUCGCCAGCGGUGCUAGAUUCAACUACUUGAUCGGCACUGUGCCCGCGCUCGGCCCUUUGCUGGUCCUGCUGGACAUUCAGGGCAACUUCAUAACGGACGUGCCGGCAGCCACCUACACGUACUGCGGGGGCUACUUCAACUGCCUGCCCACGCCCUCCAAGUGCCCCAGCGGUGGCACCACUCAGCGAUCUGCCGCAGCUUGUAGCGUCUGCGGCACCACCAACGGCGUUGGCCCCUUCUGCGCGUCGACGGGAGGGGUGUGCUCAGUGGACGCGGCUGCACUCGUCACUGCCGGCACUGUGAACUCGCCCUCGCAGCCCGUGCUGCCCAUGUCAUGUGUGGGCGGGACACCUGUCAUGAAUGCUGCUGAUUUCGCCGCCAUGCAGAACAUCAAGACCACGCUGGGUGUGACCUACACCACUUGGACCUCCACCGCUCCAUGCCGCAAUGCUCGAUCUGCGGUGGCCCUUGCGGGCGAGUGGACGGGCGUCACCUGCACCGACACUGGCAAGGUUUCUGACAUAGGCAUUGCCGGCAACUACCUGAUGGGGUCCGUGCCUGCACUGGCCACACAGCUGCGCACCUUGGACCUGCGCUUCAACUUCCUCACCGACUUCCCAGCAGUCGCCUACUCCUCGUGUGGCGGCGCCGGCAACUGCCUGCUCACGCCCUCCAAGUGCGCCACCCUCGGCACGGCUCAGCGGGCUGCGGCGGAGUGUGCCUUCUGCAGCACCACCAACGGCGUGGGCCCUUUCUGCGCUGCGACGGGCGGAGUGUGCACGCUGGACGCGGCUGCGCGCGUCACUGCCGGCACCGUGAACGCGCCGGCGCAGGCUGUGCUGCCCAUGGCGUGUGUGGGCGGGACGACUGUGGCCAUCAAAGAGAGCACAGGGCAGGUGAGCAGUGGGUGUGUGCGUGCAGCAGCACAUUUGGGGAUGACAGCAAUGUGUGAUGGUCUAGUCCAGUGCUGUUGCAUCAUCAGGGCGCUGAGCUGCGUGGGACUGUGCUGCUCGGGGCGCUGGGCUGUCUGCGAGGGCCCUUGUCCCCCCUGCGGUUCCUCACGUGCUCCUUGGGGCGUCCCCCCAUCUCCCGCUGCCUACAUUAUUGCCCCUUACCACCCCGUGCCCCUCACCUCACCAGCCAUGCUCGCACUCAAGUCUUCGCUCGGCGUCACUCUCACCACGUGGGCUGCCACUGUGCCAUGCCAACUUGCGGGGCAGACCACCACGGUUGCAGUGUGGACUGGUGUGCUCUGUGACAGCACUGGCAGUGUCGUGAGCAUAACCCAGACCAACUCAAACCUCAAGGGCUCACUCCCCACUGACAUCUCCACGCUCACAGCCCUCACCUUCCUGCGGAUGAUGCUGGUGUAUUGUCUCGUCACCCACUCUUGUUUCCCUCUCAAUCCCCCAACCGGUGGUUCACAUGCCGCCACUUGUCUCAUCGCCGCCCUCCCCAUCUCCUCCUGUCGCAGCGCUGCGCACUACAACUACUUUGGUGCGGUGUACAACUACUUCAUCGGCACGGUGCCGGCGAUCGCAUCGAAGCUGAGCACGUUGGACGUGCGCGGCAACUUCGUCACGGACGUGCCCACGGGCAGCUACUCCUGGUGCGGGGGCGCGGGCAACUGCCUGCUGACGCCCGCCAAGUGCACCAGUGGAGGCUCCGCCCAGAGGCCAGCGGCGGACUGUGCCAUCUGCGGCACCACCAACGCCGUGGGCCCUUUCUGUGCGUCGACGGGCGGAGUGUGCACGCUGGACGCGGCUGCGCGCGUCACUGCCGGCACCGUGAACGCGCCGGCGCAGCCUGCGCUGCCCAUGGCGUGUGUGGGCGGGACGACUGUGGCCAUCAAGGAGAGCACAGCCAUGCUCGCACUCAAGUCUUCGCUCGGCGUCACUCUCACCACGUGGGCUGCCACUGUGCCAUGCCAACUUGCGGGGAAGACCACCACGGUUGCAGUGUGGACUGGUGUGCUCUGUGACAGCACUGGCAGUGUCGUGAGCAUAACCCAGACCAACUCAAACCUCAAGGGCUCACUCCCCACUGACAUCUCCACGCUCACAGCCCUCACCUUCCUGCGGAUGAUGCUGGUGUAUUGUCUCGUCACCCACUCUUGUUUCCCUCUCAAUCCCCCAACCGGUGGUUCACAUGCCGCCACUUGUCUCAUCGCCGCCCUCCCCAUCUCCUCCUGUCGCAGCGCUGCGCACUACAACUACUUUGGUGCGGUGUACAACUACUUCAUCGGCACGGUGCCGGCGAUCGCAUCGAAGCUGAGCACGUUGGACGUGCGCGGCAACUUCGUCACGGACGUGCCCACGGGCAGCUACUCCUGGUGCGGGGGCGCGGGCAACUGCCUGCUGACGCCCGCCAAGUGCACCAGUGGAGGCUCCGCCCAGAGGCCAGCGGCGGACUGUGCCAUCUGCGGCACCACCAACGCCGUGGGCCCUUUCUGUGCGUCGACGGGCGGAGUGUGCACGCUGGACGCGGCUGCGCGCGUCACUGCCGGCACCGUGAACGCGCCGGCGCAGCCUGCGCUGCCCAUGGCGUGUGUGGGCGGGACGACUGUGGCCAUCAAGGAGAGCACAGCCAUGCUCGCACUCAAGUCUUCGCUCGGCGUCACUCUCACCACGUGGGCUGCCACUGUGCCAUGCCAACUUGCGGGGCAGACCACCACGGUUGCAGUGUGGACUGGCGUGCUCUGUGACAGCACUGGCAGUGUCGUGAGCAUCAAUCUGGCGCAGAAUCUCUUCAACACCCGCCUCGACUCCUUCACCACCAACCUCCAAUCCUUGCCCGUCCUGGCCAACCUCGGUGCUGUCUACAACUACUUGAUUGGUACCGUGCCCGCGCUUGCCUCUGGGCUGCGCUCUCUGAACGUGCGAGGAAACUUCCUCACGGACGUGCCAGCAGCCACGUACACGUACUGCGGGGGCGACACCAACUGCCUGCUCACGCCCUCCAAGUGCACCACCACUGGCACCACUCAGCGGCCUCCCGCAGCUUGUGCCAUCUGCGGCACCACCAAUGGUGUUGGCCCAUUCUGUGCGGCAGGCGGAGUGUGCGUAGCGGACGCCACUGCAGCCGUCACUGCCGGCACUGUGAACUCAAACUCACAGCCCGUGCUGCCCCUGGCGUGCUCGGCACCGCCCGUGCUCGUGAAAGAAAGCGCAGCCAUGCUCGCCCUAAAGCUCGAGCUCGGCGUCUCUUUCACCACCUGGGCGGCCACUGUGCCGUGCCAACUCGCGGGGCAGGCCGCCACAGUGAAAGUCUGGACUGGCGUGCUGUGUGACAGCACUGGGAGGGUCGUGAGCAUCAACCUGCCGGGCAAUUUCUUCAGAGACCGCCUCGACUCCUUCACCACGUCUCUUCGUUUUUUGCCACUCGCCGACAUCGGUGCGGUCUACAACUACCUCAUCGGCACCGUGCCUGCGCUCGCCUCCCAGCUGCGCUCUCUGGACGUGCGAGGAAACUUCCUCACGGAUGUGCCCACAGCCAACUACACGUUCUGUGGCUGUGCCGGGAACUGCAUGCUCACGCCCUCCAAGUGCAUCAGCAAUGGCACGGCUCAGCGGCCUGCGGCACAAUGUGCCUUCUGUGGCACCACCAACGGCGUGGGCCCCUUCUGUUGGGGGGCGGGAGGCGAGUGCGUGGCGGACGUGAUUGCUCUUUGGGAUGUCGGCAUCUUGAACUCGCCCUCGCAGCCCGUGCAGCCCCGUGCGUGCAUGGGCGGGUCCGUGCAGGCCAUUGCGCAGAGCGCAGCCAUGCUGGCGCUCAAGUCGUCGCUGGGCGUGACGUUCAACAGCUGGGCGGCGUCGGUGCCGUGCUCCGUGUGGAUGGUCUCGCCGUCCGUGCCCACGUGGCCCAACGUCAUCUGCGACGGCGAGGGCAAUGUGAUCGGGAUGUGA